AUGUCUAAGGUGCUUUUGGUUGUAAGUGCCCACUUUGUUCUCCCUCUGUCUGAUUUUUUUUCUCCUUGUAAUUUAUUGGUAGAAGAACCCAGCUGGUUUAUUGUCUCAUUCUUAGUCCGAAUUUGCAUCACUGUGGUUCAGUUUCUCCAGGUUUCACCUGCCCUCUGUGUUUUCUGUAAAUGGAGACAUUUGGGCUCCUCUGGUGGCUCAGAUGGGAAAGAAUCUGCCUGCAGAGAACGAGACCUAGAUUUGAUCCUGCGUCAGGAAGAUCCCCUGGAGCAGGGAAUCUUCUCCCUUCCCCAGGAAUACCCACUUCAGUAUUCUUGCCUGGAGAUUUCCAUGGACAGGAGCUUGGCGGGCUUCCAGGCCAUGGGAUCAGUAAGAGUCAAACACAACUGA